AUGGAGGUGGGAGUGGCCAAUGCCCCUCGCUUGCUCAGACGGGAACUACAGCGCCGCACGAAGCAGAUGGCCGAGGACACAACAGCCAAGAUAAAGACACUCCAAGCCCAACUCCGCUCCCUACCCAAGGAAGAGCAGACGGAACUUCGAUUGCAGAGGGUAAAGAAAUUACAGUUGGACCGCCUGAGGGAACACUUGAUUGAGGUGAUGAAUGAGUUCCAGAGCCUGCAGAGAGAGGAGCAAGACUCCAAACGGCAACAGAGGGAAGAGCUCCGGGCGAGAGCUCCUUCGCUCACUGUCUUCAACGGUCCAACUGGACGGGCAGAAGGGAACGGAGAAGGAGUCCUGCAGGAACCGAAUGCAUCAGAAUCGGCAGGAUUCCGAGGCGAGAUCCAGGCGCAUACCCUCAUGUACGAGGAAUUAGACUUGGCUGCACUGCGAGAAAAGGAGUUUGCCAUUCAACAACUGGAGGAGGAUAUUCAGGACGUGAACCAGAUUUUCACGAAACUGGCAACUAUGGUUCACGACCAAUGGGAGAUCGUGAAUAACAUCGAGAGAAACGUCGAUUAUGCCCAACUCAGCGUCGACCAGGGCAACCAACAGCUUCAACAGGCAAAAUCCUCGCAGGUUCAGGUUUAUAAGCUUUUGGUUCCAUAUUUUUUGGCUCGAUGCCGCCUCAGUUCUUUUGUGCUACAUAUCAUUGCAUCAUUGUGA